GUGUCACUAUACAUUUAUCGCUCAAAUCGCCUUGAAGUUUUAGGGUGAAGAAAUUUCUGUCAAGAUGAUUUCCAAAUCCUUUGCUUUUGUUUUCGCAUCCAUUGCCAUUUCGAGCAUCCUCGCCGAGGAGGAGAAACCCAAGGCCUCUGGAGCUGUCGUCGACUUCCAGUUGGAGUCCAUUGACCACGUCACCAUCGACAAGCAGUCCGAGGAGCACAUCGUCUACACUGCUCAUGAGGGCUAUGCAGUUGAGAAGGUCAAGGAAGGCGACUCCGUCAUCAAGACCUUUGACUUGAAGGAACAAACCCCAAAGACUGUCGUCAGGCACAUCAAGGACAACAAGCCAUACGUCGUCAUCGCCGUUGAGUCCGCCCUUCACCUCGUUCUCAAGAAGGACGGUGAUAAGUGGGUCGAGCUCGAGGUCGCCGAGUUCUACCAGGAGGUCUUGUUCAAGGGCUUCGAGGCCGUCUCCGUUGACUUGGCCGCUGCAGUCUCCGACAAGUUCACCGAGACCACCUUUGGCUCCGGCAAGAAGCACACCUUCAAGGCUCCAGGCAAGCGCGUCCUCAAGGUCGUCGAUGGCAAGACUGAGUUGAUUGAUGGUGACAACGAAGUUGUUCUCGACCUUGAGCUCUUUGUUUCCAGUGACAACAAGGUUGCCAGAGUUGUUUACCUCUACAAGGGCGAUGGCAGAAUCAAGGAAAUCUUCUUGAAACUCGUUGAAAAGGCCUGGAAGAGAGUUGAGGUCAAGGAUGCCGCCGAGACUUUGCAUGGCAUCAACAGCACCUUCCCCGCUGACUACAAGGUCGUAUACGAUGGCUUCUCCGUCUAUGGCGCACUCUUGGCUGUCGCCGCCAUUGCAUUUUCUACUCUAUUUUACUAAGUGACGACAUGCUCAUAAAAUUGUGAUCAUGUAUA